AUGCUUGUUGCAUCCUUCAGUGACGAAGACCUGGAACGUCUCCGUCAAAAGGAGUCUGUUGUUGACAAAGUGAUUAAUUUCUUUUGUGAGCAACAGAGAUGCAAAUACAAAGAAAAUUCAAAAUUGUUUUACUUCAUGGAGCCUUGUAUAUCAGACUUGCUUUACCGCUACACUGUUGAGGAUUCAAGGGAAUUCAUGAAGACGAGGAAUAUCAAAGAACAGGAUUUAAUUUUCAUUUUUAUUUAUAAUAAUUUCCAUUUUUCACUUCUAUGCUGCAGACCAAAGGCCAAAAAGAAGUGCUUCAUUCAUUUUGAUUCCAUUAAAGGCGCAAACCAUAAAUACGCUUUAGAAUUUUCAUUAAAAUUCAUCAAUAUAUUUGACCUUAAAUGCGAUAAGAAAGAGGCAUUCGUUGAGAUGGAAUGCCCUCAGCAAAAGAACAGCAAAGACUGCGCAAUAUAUUCCAUCGCAUUUACAGACGCAAUCGCUUCAAAAUACAGCUUUUGCAGUUCUACCUUUGAAAUUAUUAAUCCAGAAUACAUUGAUGGGCUGAGAGAAAACCUUUACCGAACAAUUUAUCAAAGUCGGGCUAAACCUAAAUGCGAAAUGCCUGAAAUACAGAGCUCUCAUCAGAUCGGUCAAUCCUGA